UGCAGGAGUAAAAGUCCAGGUGGAACAGUUCAUCGCUUGCACACACGCCCGCUGCUCCAAAAUUGCUUUUCAAUGAAAGCGUAAGGAUUCGGUGGGAAAACUGCGCAGGGAAUUACAUUUAUUACACGCAUUGGGAACUAUUUUAUGUUCUCAGGUUGGGAGGUUAGACAAGGACAUCUGGCCGACCUGCUGAGCCAGAACACCACCCAUCAUGAUCAGAGCAUCACUCACUGCCAUCUGCCUCGUGCUCCUCCUGUCCUAUGCUUGCUGGGCCAAGCCUAAUGGAUCAAAGAACAAGAAACCAAAGCAAGUUGUUCCAGACAUAGACUGUGAUGUCAGAGCGGGAAAGAUCAAUCUCCCAGAGUUCAUAGCCAAAUGUCCUGCCCACUGUAAGGAGACAAAGCAACAAGUUUAUGGGACAGGCGUGUUCGCCUCCAUCUCCAGCAUCUGCAACGCUGCCAUCCACAGCGGCAUCAUCACCAACACAGGAGGAAAGGUGAUAGUGAGGAAGAUGGCCGGGCAGAACAUCUACAAAGGCAGUAAUUCCAAUGGGGUGCGCUCUCUGUCUCUACCUAAGUGGAGAGAGUCGUUCGUUGUCUCAGUGGGGAAGCCCAAGAAAGGAGUGAUCUACCCAUCUACUCUGGACUACGUCCCCUCAAGACCAACCUACGUGAAAACAAGUCAAAAGGAGGCCAAAUCCCCUGCGGUCACCACACCUCUGCCUACGACACCUGAACCCCCCACAACUACGACACCUGAACCCACCACCACCACACUUGCUCCCACCACCACUACACCACCUCCCACUACUACCAAGCCUCGAGCUGCUGUCCAUAAAGUCAGGGAUGCAGGCAGCAGUCACCCAUACCUUGCCUCCGUGGCAACCGCAAGUUCAAGACAGUCACAGAACGGUCAAGGAAAGAUUCCCAACCAAGUAUUCAGAGGAGGAGCCUAUCCGAAUAGAUUCCCACAACGUAUCAGCGCAGGUCUGCGCAGACCAGAGGCCGGGUCGGCUAUCAGGAGACAGCCAUCCUCUCCAGUUGGCCCAGCUUUUAACAGGGUUCAGCCGGCUCCACCCGAGCGGACUCCAACCAUAAGCCAGUCAAACCCCGCUUUUCCCAGAAGGGAUUGGGCGCCUCCUUCCUUUCCUCGUCCUGAUUGGUUCCCAGGAGCUCGACGACCAGCAGAUGUUAGUUAUGCAGCUCCAGACUCAGGAUACACAUGGAGUGAGACAGCCACACCUGAGAUCACAGCUCGGGAUCACAGGCCUGAUAUCUCAGAAUAUGAACGCUGGUUUUAUAACUUUGGACCGUACCUGCCUCGCUCCACUGACUCAGAUGGCAACCGUAAAGUGCCAUUGGAUACAACCCAUACUAGAGUGGAACCAGUGGAUGCCUGGAAGCCAGACGUAAAUCCUUAUGAAUCAGGUUUCAACGUGAGGGAGCAGGAACCUGUACCCAGAGCGCCUGAGCCUAUGUCACAGGGAGACCCAAAUUGUAAGGUGGACCUGGUCUUCCUCAUGGAUGGGAGCUGGAGCAUUGGGAAGAGACGCUUUAAGAUCCAGAAGGACUUCUUGUCUGAGGUGGCUGAGACCAUCAAUGUGGGUGUAGCUGGACCCAUGAUGGGCCUCAUCCAAUACGGGGAUGACCCUGUGACAGAGAUCAGUCUGAAGUCUUACUCCAACUCCAGAGAGGUGAAGUCAGCUGUAGAAAAGAUUGCGCAGAAGGGAGGCCUCUCCAAUGUAGGAAAGGCCCUCUCCUACAUCAACAAGCACUACUUCAGUGAUGCCAAUGGAAACCGCGGAGGAGCUCCUAAUGUGGCCGUGGUGCUGGUGGACGGCUGGCCUACGGACAAGGUGGAGGAGGCGUCUCGGCUCGCUCGGGAGUCUGGCAUCAACAUAUUCUUCGUCACCAUCGAGGGCCCCGAUGACAACGAGAAACAAAACCUGGUUGAGACCAACUUUGUUGACAAGGCUGUGUGUCGAACCAACGGCUUCUUCUCCCUGCCCGUGUCCAGCUGGUUUUCUCUGAGGAAGGCCGUGCAGCCCCUGGUGAAGAGAGUGUGUGACACAGACCGCCUGAUGUGCAGCAAAACUUGCGUAAACGCGAACGACAUCGCCUUCGUUAUCGACGGCUCCAGCAGCGUGGGAACCGGCAACUUCCGCACGGUCUUGCAGUUUGUGGCCAACAUCACGAGGGAGUUUGAGAUCUCUGACACCGACACACGGGUCGGAGCUGUGCAGUACACCUACGAGCAGAGGUUGGAGUUUGGCUUCGGCCAGUACAACAACAAGGCUGAGCUGCUGAACGCCAUCAAACGCAUCAACUACUGGAGCGGUGGGACCAGCACCGGUGCUGCCAUCACCUAUGCCGCAGAGCAGCUCUUCAGCAAAUCCAAACCCAACAAACGCAAGAUCAUGAUUGUCAUUACAGACGGGCGCUCCUAUGAUGACGUCAGGGCACCUUCAUUGGCUGUCCAUCGCCAAGGUGUGAUCGCCUACUCCAUCGGCAUUGCCUGGGCAGCCCAGGAUGAGCUGGAGUAUAUUGCCACGGACCCCGACAAGGAGCACUCCUUCUUCGUGGACGAGUUCGACAACCUCUACAAAUUUGUACCCAAGAUCAUCCACAACAUCUGCCAGGAGUUCAACUCUCAGCCCAGAAACUGAGUACGCACGGGUGAGGGACAUCUUGAUCCUGGGCCGUCUUAACAGAACACUGAUUGUAAAUUGACUCACUCUGUUGCCCAGAUGGCGGUGCUGGAUUGGCUGCAGUGCCCCAUAUUUGAACAGUAGGGGAUUUGAAUUUAGGUGAGGAUUGUGGGUUUGGACAAAACAAGACUUAAAGUGAGUCAGCAUUCGGUCCCAAAUAUACAGAUGGUGCUGAUGGUAAAUGGUUUACAUUCACAGUUACAUCUUAUGUGUACUGUGGUGACAGUUGUUCUCUGUUGAAGGCAAAAAAGUGUAUUCCUAAUAAUUUAAUUAUAGUACUAAUAAGGCACGCUUUAUAAAGGGUUCAUAAGUUGUAACUAAGGGUUUACCUAGAAGGGCACUUAGAGAGCGCAGACCUACGCCAAGGAUGUUUCCAUAAGUGAAAAACAAUGUGUGUAUCCUCCCCGUGAUUCGGAUGAAAGACAACAUUUAAUGGGUUCUUCCUUGGCUCAUGCUACACCUUUCCACCAAGUUUCAUGAAAAUAACAGACAAACAAGCCAAACUGAAAACAUGGCAGAAAUCAUUUACUAAUGCUUUAUAGAUUGGAAGGCAUUAAUCAGAGCAUUUUUGGGUUGUAAAAUAUAUCUCCCUACAGUAGAUGGUUUAAAUCCUCCACCGGCAUUAAACCAUCUUCGUCUUUUUAGUUCAUCAUGCAAACCUCUCCAAUGUUUGACCUCAGGCCUUCUGGAAAAGAGCUUCUGUACCAACUUUUCAGUGUUAAGUAACUGCAUAUUUGAUGGAUUAAAUGUGUAACUACAAGCUUGUAAAAGCAUGUGUUCUUGCAGCGACAUGCUGGAAGAAGCCAAAGAGAGUUUUGGCAACCCAGUACAACUUACAGAACCUUCACAAAGAGUGCCUUACUAGGAAGUGGUACCAAAAUGAUGACCAAACAUAAAGCUACCUUACUGGGAUAUGGUGCUUACAGAGAUGUAGAUUUAAAGCAUGCCUAGCACUUCCUCUUACGGUUUAACAUACUUCAUAAAAAAUAAUAAUAUGGUGCUUUUUAUACGAUUCUCUGUAAAGAGGAUAAACUUUCUUAGAAUUGGUGCUUUUUAAUUUCCCUGAUAGGAGAGAUCUGAUAGUGGGGACUUUGUUAAAGUUCCUCUCAGAGUCUAUGGUGCCGAUACUGUUGGUGUGAGUGGUAGUUGAAAUGAGGCUUAUGUGAAAGUCAAAUCAACAACACGGAACAAAGACUAGUGUGAGAAGUGAGGAAAGAGGAGCUUGUAUAUCUUUGUAAAGAGUGAUCUCUGGAAUAAAGCAAUUUGUCUCCUCACUCUUGUUUUCUAACAGUGUGGUUGCUUCUAACUUUGCAGGCAUUUCUCAGUUUUGUUGAAAGAGUAUUUAUGAUUUUCUUCCCGUUAUGUCCCGUUUGUACAUAUGCAUAUUAAAAGCCUUUCGCUAAUAAUGUUCAUAAUUGAUCAAUAUUGUUUUUGCAAUUUUUAAUAAAAUAAAGAAAAUGAGA